AUGGGACGGGGUAAGGACAAAAAGCAGAAUGACUCGUUACUAGAUAUUGAAUCAAGGGCUGCAGCUGCAGUUAGAGACUACAAAGCCGGGAAAUUUCGAAAUAUCCGGGACGCUGCGACUGCAUACGACCUCACCUACGGUAAGCUUCGCAAUCGAUUAGUUGCCAGUGGUAUUGGUCCAAAGGGCAUCGCUCAAGUUGAUCAGCAAAUAAUUACACUUUGGGAAGAGAAAGCAAUUGUCCGAAGGAUUGUACAGUUGGACGACUGGGGCUUUCCACCCCGGAUGAAGUACGUGAAGGAUAUGGCGACCAGUUUCCUGAGGUCACAUCACCCCGAAGGGACAUGCUCAGUCAAUUUAGGGAAAAACUGGACCACCCGUUUCCUUGGUAGACACCCGGAGCUGGACUCAAAAUUCGCUGUACGACUAGAUAAGCAACGCGGUUAUGCCAACAAUCCUGCAAUCUUCAAGGACUUUUUCAAAAAGUUGUUUGACAUCAUCGCCAAACACAAGAUCCUACCACAUAAUAUACUAUACAACAUGGAUGAGAGGGUUUUCUGA